AUAUCUGGUGUUUCGUACCACUCGACACAGCAGAGUCUAACUUGAUUCGUACGAUCACAGAGUGACGUCAUGGCUCCCACUAGUCGUUGCACGCUGGCUAUCCUUCUUUUGCUUGCUUUAGCCUACAUUGCCAGUGCAGCCGUUGCGCCCACAGCAACAGCAGGCCCCAAGUGCAAGAACGCCUUUCCCCAGCGGCCGCUGUGCAAGUUCGUCGAUAGCUUGGCAACCCGCAUUAUCCCCACGCUCGAUGGCACCAAGCCGCUCACCAUUGGCGCCUACCAGAUAUACCAGAAAUUCCACCGCGACCUGCCGGCGACGAAGCAGUACGCGUACGGCACGAGCCAGAAGACGGCGUCGUACCCCGGCCCCACCAUCGUGGCGAAGGUCGGCAUCGACACGACGGUGACGUGGGAGAACCACCUGCUGGACAACACGCACAUGUUCACCGUCGAUCCCACCAUCAUGAUGGGCGUCAAGCUGCCGACCAAGGGCAUCCCCAUCGUGGUUCACCGGCACGGCGGUAGCCAGCAGAGCUUGUACGACGGUCAUCCUCUCGCGUGGUUGAACCAGUACGGCGAAAAGGGCCCCACCUACGCCACCAACGUGUACAAAUACGUCAACGACGAGGCGUCCACCGUCUGGUACCACGACCACAUGGCGGGGAUGACGCGCCUUAACGUCGUCGCGGGUCUCGCCGGGCUGUACAUCAUCACGGAUCCCAAAGUCGAGUCGAAGUACACGUGGCUGCCGCCUGCCAGCCGCACGGUUCCGCUCGCCAUCGCCGAUCGGCUGUUCUUCGCGAACGGGUCGGUGAACUAUCCGAACGUGGGCAUCGUGCCGAAUGUGCACCCCAACUGGAUUCCGGAGUACUUGGGCGACACCAACAUGGUCAACGGCGUGGUUUGGCCGUACCUCAAGGUUCGACCUGCGAUGUAUCGUUUCAAGAUGCUGGGUGCGGCGAACGCGCGUUUCUACAACCUGCAGUUCGUGUGCGCCCAGCGCGGCGAUUACCCCAACUUCGUGCCCCCGCUCAAGGGUCAGGUCCUCGACAUGGUCAUUAUCGCGAGCGACGGUGGUUACAUGGCGAAGCCGGUGUACAAGAAGUCGCUGCUGCUCGUGCCGGGCGCUCGCCAGGACGUUCUCGUGGAUUUCUCCAACCUGCCCGCGACAUGCAAGGACGUGAUUCUCCAGAACACCGCUGCCGCGCCAUUCCCCGCUGGUGUCACCGCUGACCGCGACACCGGGCUUGUCAUGCGCUUCGUGCUGACCAAUCGCAAACGCUUCCCAGCUCCUAAGCUCCCAAGCUCCAUCUCUUACUUGCCACCGAUCAACUACAAGAACAUCCAGAAGGUUCGCUGGCACCGCCUGAUCGAGCAGAUGGACCCCAAGACCAACCUGCCCAUCCGCAUCACCAUCGACAACCUCGGGUUCAUGGAUCCCGUCACCGACUUCCCCAAGCAGGGCACGAACGAGCUGUGGCACAUCAUCAACCUGUCGGCCGACGCCCACCCCUUCCACAUCCAUCUCGUCGACCACCGCCCCGUGGCUCGCCGUCCCUUCGACGUCGUGGCGUUCCAGGCUGGAAAGUGCUCGUUCACCAAGAAGAAGCUCCCCACGUGCUGGACUGGGCCUCGAGUUGUCGUUGAUCCCUCCGAGGACGGCUGGAAGGACACCACGCCUGCGUAUCCCGGCCAGGUGCUCACGCUGUGGCUUGGUUGGAAGGAUAACAACGGCAAGCCGCUUAAGUUUGACGCGAGCGUGGGGCCGGGGUACGUGUAUCACUGCCACAUGCUGGACCACGAGGAUAACGACAUGAUGCGCCCGUUUAAGGUAGUUAAGUAAGCGGCAGCUGGAUUGUCGGUUGCUAACCUUAGGGCAUCGUAGGUUCGAUUAAGUGAUUCAGGUUUAGGAGUUCUGGAAACACGUAGGAAAGUGCGACUGCCUCGGUAGUUUCGAGUUUCGAGCGUCAAGCUGAAGCAGUAGCUGACGUGGAAGAUGGGUGAUGAGGCAUGGGCAUCCCGACUCACCCCUACUGAUUGUAAUUGGCAAUACUUUAUUUUGACCCACCCCAAAUGUCUUCCGAUGAAUACCGUAAGCUGAAUUCUGAGACGAAUUAUUCCCCUCCUGAAAACGCUGACACCUCCUUUCCCCCCUCCCUUCCCCUCCUAAUACCACCACUGCUUCGCUGAACUGUGUGGUUGAGGGCAUGGCUGGGGGAGGCUGAGGGGGUUUUACGGUAGGCUAAAUCUCAAAUCCAACUGAGGACGGCUGGAAGGACACACGGUGCUGAAUCUGGUUUGGGUGGCAUGAUGCCCUCAGCAAACCCUCUCCAGUUCGAUGCGAGCGUCGGGCUGGGCUAUGUGUACCACUUCCACAUGCUGGACCACGAGGACAAGGACAUGAUGAUGAGGCUGUUCAAGGUCAUCAAGUGCGUGUAGCGGGAGGAACCUGUGCCUCUGGCCGUCUAGGUCUAAUGCGCUCAUUCGGGGGCUUUGCUUAGCUUAUGGUAGCUUGAUGCCUGCUUGAGUGGUAGCUUUUGAUGUUUCGGCAGUACGUACGUAUGGGAACGGGAAUCUAGGGGCGAUGUUAUUGAUGUUAGCUAUCCUAC